UGAUAAAUAUUAGGAAGAGGAGUUUGUGGAAUUGUUUUACUUUAAACAAGAGAACUAAAUGGAUUAAUUAUUCCUAAUUUAUGAUCGUUAAUCCAUUGCAUUUUCUUGUUUUGAAAUGAAAUUGUAUAUCUGUGGCUUGGUACAAGAAGUGCCCAAGUCAUUUUUAACCUCAAUUGGAGCUUAAAUAUGCAAAAAGUGCAUAUCCAAUUGAGAAUAAUUAUGGGAAAAAAUGACUUAGGCACUUCUUGUAUCAAGUUCAUAUAUAUACAUAUAAUUCUGAUUUUUUAUUCCUAAUUAACAUUUAUUACUAUUCCUUAUAUUUUCUGUACUGUAUGUUGGGCCUAAUAUCUGUUGGAUAUCUUUAUAUUACAUCAAUCUGCAAUUACUAAUAUUUACAAACUUUAUAGGCAAAACAUAUGGACUUAAUCAAUAGCAAUUAAAAGAACGAUAUUGAAAUACAUACUGGAUAUCAAAAAUGUUUACUCAGAAUCCAUUCAUAAUAGUGAUAACAAUUUGACUCAAGUGAAAAAGGAGUGGUCGUUGUAAGAUUUUUUAUUAGUAUAAAUCUGGAAGCAGAGAAAACAUUAUGUUUCCUCCAACCUACGUCGAAGGUUUUCACGAUCCUGAAACAGUGAAAGCUAUGGAAUAUAAACAGCUUGGAAAAACAGGCUUGCUCAUAAACAAAUUAUCUUUUGGCACUGGUCCGCUCGGCUGUCAUUACGGCACCUAUGAUGAAGCUGAUGCCAUUGAAGCGAUACGUCAAGCGAUAAAACAAGGUGUUAAUUAUAUUGAUACUGCACCAUGGUAUGGACAAUGUCGAGCUGAGACAAUACUUGGCAAAGCACUGAAAGAGAUUCCACGAGAAGCUUAUUAUAUUGCAACAAAAGUUGGUAGGUACGAGCUGGAUUACGACAAUAUGUUUGAUUUUACUAUUGAGAAAACUAGGAAAAGUUUUAAAAAGAGCUUGGAAUUAUUGGGAGUGGAUUACGUCGAUGUUGUUCAAGUUCACGAUAUCGAAUUUGCACCUUCAUUAGACAUAAUAGUGACACAAACUUUGCCAGAAUUAUCGAGACAGGUGGCUGAAGGCAAAGCCAGACACAUAGGUAUAACCGGUUACCCAAUAUCCGUACUGAAAGAAUGCAUCGAAAAGAGUAAUAUUAAUAUAGCCUGCAUAUUGAGUUACUCAAGACUCACUCUAAUCGAUAGUACUUUGUUAGAGUACAUCUCAUUCUUUAAGGAACACAAUAUCGGUGUGAUUAAUGCCGCCACACCAUGUAUGGGUCUUCUAACAAAUAGUGGCCCACCAAACUGGCAUUUAGCCUCCGAUGAAACAAAAAAGCAAUGUGCGAAUGCUGGACAAUAUUGCAAGGAACAUGGCGUGGAAUUCUGCAAACUAGCGAUAUGGCAUUCUCUGCAAUACACAGAUGUCAACACAAAUUUAGUUGGAAUACAAAACACGAAACAAUUACAUAUGAAUCUGGAUAUACUGCGAAACGGUAUAACAGAGAAAGAGAAAGCAAUAUUGCAAGAAAUUCAAGAAAAGUUUUUGUCAAAAGUAAAAAAUCAACAUUGGGAAGGUAAAGAAAUCCAAAUGUACCGGGAAGCCAUGAAGAACAAAAUAUAAGAAAAAUGUAUCUUUAUUUUUGCUGUUUACGUUAUAAAAUUAUAUUAUAAGUAAGGCACCAUACUACAUUUGGAAUAUGUGAUAAAUAUUUUAUAGAAAAUAUUUUUCACUAUUAGUAGAUAAUGCAUAAAAUUGUGUAAUACUAGAGUUAUCACUGCGAUUAAGAUCACUUGGACCAUUUUACUUUAUUGGAAAAUAUAGUAUCAGGCUCAAUCAUCA